ACGAAAUCAAACAUCUAGGCUAUAUUAACACACAUUGUAACAAUAUGGUCCUGAAAAUGGGUCUCUAUCAAUACUUUAGAUUACAGCCUGCAUACCCUGUAGCAACAUACUGUAACUAGGGCUGACUGCAAGUGCUUUAGAUUAGGCCUUGGACAGGACCAAUCUACCUGUUGCUAAGGUGCUUCAAAAAGUUUGUGCAAGUGUAGCCUACCUAGAAGAAUACGUGCUGGCAAAAGUUGGUCACACCAUAUAUUGAUUUGAAAUGGGUUUUUUUUUUCUGUUUCCAAAAGAAGGGCCCUUUGGCAUCCAGAGAGGACAGGAGAGAAUGCUCCUUGUCCACAUUACGCUGCUGGAAACGUGAUCCUCAAUCCGCGGGGCAGCGCGCUGCGUCGCAACAUUACGGUAGGAGAGCCCCAAGGUGCAGGUGACUGACAGGUGAAAGAGGUGACGCAUCGGGAAGGACCACGAAAGCAAAGGGAAGGUAUCGAUUGGAUUAUUUCAUGAGCCGUCUGGCACGUGUAUGAUUGUGCGAGGUCGAAACAAGCAUUAAGGUAAGUUUAUUAAUAUGGUUAUUAAUUCGCUGGUUCGUUUUGGAGAAGAAUACAGCAAAUGUUUUAAUAUGACAUGUAGCCUCUAUAGGUCAGAAGUUAUAGGAUGGAUAUAUUUGCGAUUUCUGACUGAUAACAAACUGAAACUGUGAAACAUUUCUUCACAGUUGUAAGCACUUUUAGCUUAUUGUUGAUUUUUGUAUGUUCAGUCAUUUUGAAUUACUUCAUGAGGAUGAGGCGAAAUAUAAGUAUAGGUCUAUAAGCCUAUUAAAAUGUUGACAUCAAUGACCAUCAGGCUGUUACCAUGAAGUCUAAUUUAACACAUAGGAAGGAAUUCUGCAGGUUUAUUGUGGGUCUGCACAACUGACAAAAUCCUUUAAACUGUGUAAUGUAAAUGAAAAGAUGAAAAUGAAUAUAGGAUAUACCAAAUGCAUGCUGGCAUUCUGUCUAUUUCAGCAUUUUCUACAGUUUUCUCAAUUUAACCCCAUAUCAAGCAGCAGUCAGUCAUCACAAACUCAUGCCAUGCAGCCAAACAUAGUUCAGAUGCAUUGGAUUAUAUUUGGAAUUCUAGUGGAGACCCCAAAUAUACCUGGUCAAGGGCGGCUAUUUCAUGUCACCAUUGGUGGGGACAAUCAAAGCUGUCAGCUUUCUCCUUGUGGGAGAUUUUUAGAAAUAAAGUCGCAGAGGGCAUGAAAAAGGCAGACAGUGGACAGAAAUGUAUAAAUAUGAGGGGGGAGGACAUAUUCUUUCUAAAAAAUGCAAUAGUAAUAGAGAACAACAGCUAGAUUUUGCUAGGUGGAAGGGUAAACAGCAAGUUUACACAAGCCUAAAUCAAUAAUAAGAUGUACGGUCCCAGUUGCUCUAAGAUCCUGUCACAACCACCAAUGUUACAAAAAAAAAAGGGUUUUGGGUCAGUUUACACCAACAGUUAUGCAACGUUUAUACUAAAUCAAUGAAUAACCAAUGUUUCCCCACAGUUCUGGACAUCUAUGGAGCUGUGUGGUCCCAACAUGAGUGAGAGUGGAGGCACACUGUGCCAGGUGAAGCAGCGUCCCCGCCACAGUGCCCCACUUUGUCACCUGCAGGCCAGUGGACACCACAUGCACAACCUCCCCCACCAGCCAUGGGUCAGCCACCCAGCUCCGGCCAUCGCCUCCAGCCCGACCGAGGCCAUCUGCCAUAGGGUAAAUAGAUCCGUGGCGACCAGCUACAGCAACCCAGGUAGUGCGGCCUCCAGACUGGGAGAGGAGGCAGCACCGGCCCGCGGUGUCUCCACAGGGAAGGUGGUGGUGACAGGAGGAGGGGGAUACUUAGGGUUGAGGUUGGGAAAAGAGCUGGCCAGCCAGGGAAUGUCAGUGAUCCUUCUGGACAUGAACAAGCCUCCCUGCGAUAUCCCUGAUGGAGGCAUCUUCUAUCAGAGUGACAUCCGGGACUAUUCAUCCCUCCAUAAGGUGUGUGAAGGAGUUGACUGUAUAUUCCACACAGCGUCUUACGGCAUGACCGGACCAGAACAGCUGAGGAAAGAGCAAGUGGAGUCAAUCAAUGUUGGAGGGACCAAUAAUGUCAUAAACGUGUGUAAGGAGAGAAGCAUCCCCAGGCUGGUGUACACCAGCACCAUCAAUGUGGUGUUUACUGGGAAACCAAUUGAAGAGGGCGAUGAGGCUUCAGUGCCGUCUGUGCCCCCCGACAUACACAUCGACCACUACUCCAGAACUAAAGCGAUUGCAGAGCAGAUGGUCCUCUCUGCCAACGGAUGCUCCCUGAAAGGCGGAGGCCUGCUUCGGACCUGCGUCCUGCGACCCUGUGGCAUCUAUGGACCAGAGGAGAGGAGACACCUUCACAGAGUGGUGGUGAAUGUGGAGCGUCGGUUGUUCAGUUUCAGGUUUGGGGACCCCCGGGCCAGGAUGAACUGGGUACAUGUAGAUAACCUGGUGCUGGCGCACACGCUGGCAGCUGAGGCUCUUGCACUGCAGAGGAGCUGUGUCGCUAGUGGACAGGCCUAUUUCAUUAAUGAUGGCGUUUCAGUCAAUCUCUUUGAGUGGUUGACACCGUUGUUUGAAAAGCUGGCCCACAGCAGACCGUUGAUUAACCUACCUGUGACACUCGUCUAUUCAGCAGCCAUCCUGAUGGAAUAUUUGCACGUAGCUCUGAGGCCUGUGAUAGAAGUGCCUCUCGUCUUUACCAGAAGUGAGGUGAGGAGCAUAGCUGUGAGCCACACCUUCAAGAUCGACAAGGCCCGUCGAGAGCUGGGUUACUGUCCGAAGCACUACAGUCUCUCGGACUCUGUGGAGCAGUACCUGAAGUCCAGAAAGCCUCGCUCCAGCUUGCCUCCUUUCAACCUCUCCUGGACCUCCCAGCUGCCCCGACACCUGGUCCUACUGCUGCUGCUGGGUCUCAGCCUGGUGCUAAUGAUGCUAUGCUGUGCACUCUGUCAGAACUAAACAAUACUCACUGGAAAAUAGUGGAUGGACAACUGCACAAUAAGCUAUCUCAAGCGUUAUUUAUGAUCAGACACUAAGUCUUAUUUGUUAGGAAAUUAACUGUUUUGCUUCAAUGUUGCAAAAAGGUCUCACAGCUUAGUUUUUUUCUUACAAAGUGAUGAAGUACUAAAAUGCACCACAUUACUUAUUAAGGAAACUCAGCAGGCGCAAUAGAUUAUGCUCUAAAAAUAAGUCUUCAGAACGUCAGAGACAGUAAUUUCCUCCACCUUUUUGUUGUUGGUUGGCUAUAUGUGUGUCUGAUUGUAAAAUGAUGAAACUACCAGGCUGCGCAUUAUUGUAUUAAAGCUGAGUUGUGUGAAUGUUCUGAAUUUCUCUCCAGUUUGAAGUUGCUAUGAUUUCAUUAAAAUGACAAAAUAUCCAUCUUUGUAUUACAAAUAUUACAAUUUUAAAUUGAUUGUAUUUAAAGCAUGCUUCCAGUUGAUAAAGAUUUGUUGUGAUUUACACAUCCUAGUAAUUUUGUACACUUUUAGAAAUAAAAUAAUUAACAGUGAA